AUGGACUUAGGGCACGGCCUGUUCCAAGCCACAAAUUCAUCUUUACAGCUUCGAUUCAGCGCAACGGCAAGUUUCACCCAAGCCACAACUGGAUCAAUUUCAAGUUCAACCAGAAUUCUCCGCCACUGGAAGGAUCUCCAGUCAUUGUGGAUCACAGAGGCCCCGGAACUUGAGCUGCGCCUUGUGUUCAGUGUUGAUCCUGCAUACGAAGCCGCUGGGCCCGCAUUCGCUACAAGUCUGGAAGAAGAACUCUGCAAGUCAAAGGUUUGGGCUGAUCUGGGAUUUGACAUCAUUCUCAAAAGUCGCCCUAAACCUGAGGAGUCUAUUGCUUCUGAAUCCCAUCGCCUUGCAUUUGGUCUUUGCCGGAGACACCGACCACCUGCCUCUGCCAGUACCAAAAGGCUUCCUGAGACCCUGAAAAAUCUUCCAGAAGCCCAUGCCCCUUCUGAUGUCCCAACAGCGCGCCUGGCAUCUCUCGACAUAUAUCUGCAAUAUUCAAGCCGUAACUCCGUGCAACAACUGGAGGCACAGAUCGUGGAGACAUUGAAUCGCAAAAAUGGAAAAUUGACCGAUCUUCAACAUGCACCUUGCUCGAUGCAAUAUACUCACUCGAUCGGAAAAAUUGCAGUAGCGACAUUUGCUCUGUCCACCAUGGAUGACUUGCUCAUCCCGUUUGACCAGCCCGUUGACACGAAUGAGAGCAGUGAUCUUGUUACUGCAAGACAGACAAGCGAAAGAAAUACCGUUGAACAGCUUUCAAUACUGUUUCUGGGUCUAUUGGACUUCGGUUUACAGAAAUUGAUCCUUCCCGGCGUUAUCAGAAACCAUCACAUCAAGGUGGUUGGCAGAAACAAACUCCAAAAUUUGUCUCUGCUUGCACCCGCAGUUUUCCAUCCAGAAUAUCAAGAAGCAAUGAAACAAAGGGCUGCAUCGCUUUCGACAAUCAGCAGGUCACUCAUAUCGAUGCUGGAAAACAGCAACAAUCCUGUCAUUCAGAGCAAGCUGUCUCAUAUACUAGAGGAGGCAAACAACCCGCGGAAGCCCCUAAUACCUGAAACCGUGGAUGGAAAUACGCAUGAAAAUUUGCCCACAAUGGGCCUGAAGUCGAGAAUAGAGUCAUCACUGUGGGGGUUUGCCCAGUAUGGACUCUCCAAAACCAAGGCCUGCAAAAGAUUCACAUCAUUCUUUGACCUGAACGGCCUGCCAAGAAAGCCGUUCGCCCAGUCAGAUGACGAGAUUAUGCUGCCGGAAUCUCCCGAGCAAGAAAUUGAUCCCGACGGUGAGAUCCUACAGCUCGACAGUGAUCCCAGCCUGCCUCCAAACUUGAUCCAUGCACAAGUAUUGGAUGAGCUUCUCUCCGAUGGCAGCAGCAUGCUCACCUUUGGAGACUCUCAUGAAUUUACCCAAACAACUGAAAUAACCCAAACGACUCAGACAUCCAUUGAAAAUUUGUCCCAGGUGUCCGAGUACACGCCUUUUACCUGGGACGAUGAUGAUAUUCUCAUGUCAGAUAGAACUUUUAUGGAUGAAGGGUUUGCUACGGACGAAAACUUUGAGGACAUGGACUUGGGUUAG